GGCGGCCCCCGGCGGCGUCAGAGAGCAGGGCGGGCGGCGGCCUGGCCUGAGGCAGCGGCGGUGGCCGAAUGCCUCGGCCAUCCUGUAAUUGCAUCUUUUCCCGGCGUCUCGUCUGCAGAAGGGAGCAUUAUGUCCGCGGAGAUCCCCGAGGCGGCCUCAGUGGAGGAGCAGAAGGAAAUGGAAGAUAAAGUGACUAAUCCAGAGAAAGCUGAAGAAGCAAAAUUAAAAGCACGGUAUCCUCAUCUGGGACAAAAGCCUGGAGGUUCGGAUUUCUUAAGGAAACGAUUACAGAAAGGGCAAAAAUAUUUUGAUUCUGGGGAUUACAACAUGGCUAAAGCAAAAAUGAAGAACAAGCAACUUCCUACUGCAGCCCCGGAUAAGACGGAGGUCACUGGUGACCACAUUCCCACUCCACAGGAUCUUCCGCAACGGAAACCAUCCCUUGUUGCUAGCAAGCUGGCUGGCUGACUAAAAGAGCUGAACUGCACGAAGCUUCUAAUUCCCAUUAUUUCUCCCUAAUACGUUACUUCUCAACUUUUUAUUUCCUUUCAAUUCACUAAGUCAUCUGAGACUGACAGCUUUGUGUGUGCCUCUACUUUAAGGGAAUAUGUAGAAUUUUGGAGCAGUUUAACAGUGCACUGAUGAAAAGGACGUGUUAGAGCAACAUAAUCUACUUAAAAAUUGUGUAUAUUAUCUUACUCUUAGUGUAGGACUGGUCUAACAACAAGCAAGCUUUACAAUUUUAAUAUUUUGGCUUUCCUUAUAGCUUUGUAUUUUACUUUUAUUUAAUGUAACCUCUAUUGUGUUAAUUUCUUCUGUAUUUUCCUUUUGGACUUUGUAAACCAGAAAUUUAAGACUACAAGUUGGGAGAAAGGUCACAUAUUUGAAACACAAACAAAUAGAUGGGGCCCUGAAAGAUUUGUAUCUCUGCUUGAACUUCAAUGGCCUUAAACCUGUUUCAGCUUUAACAAUAGAAAUUUACUUGGGCAAUAUUUGCCCAUUCUGAUGUAACUUAUGUGACUAGUGCUUAAUAGCUGCUGUUGAAGGUAGUAUUCUUAUUCAUCUCUAUACUGUCAGAAUACCUUUUGUUGACAGCGUGAGUGAAGUGUGCAUGUGCAUUGACUGUUGGAUUCAUUUUUGUGCCAUUUUUGUAAAUAUAAUAAUUUUGCACAACCUCUCACAAAUGUCUUUUAAUUUCACAUUAAAAAGUAGAUGAUGUGCCAACUAGAAGUACAAGAGUUCCUACACAAAAGUCUUUUGUCAUUAUAGUUUUUGUACAGUAAGAGUUGUUUACAAUCUUGGGCUUAUAGAAUACCAAACUCUGAAAUAACUUACUUAGUCUGCCAUAGACUUAAGCUUUUUCAUUUGUUACUAAUACCCAUGACAUUGAGUGGACUUGUGCAAAUAUGAUAUGUUGCUGAGGCAUAUCUUUUGUCCUAUGCAGAACAUUUCAUCCUGACUUUUAUGAAAAUUGCAAUUCAUGUGAUAUAUAUAAACUUUUUUAUUGUAGAAACUUUUUACUUCCACAGAUAACUUUGGAGAUGCUAGAAUAAAAGGCUUCAAUAUCUUGUCCUCCCCUGCUUGUGCCCCCCCCCCCUUUUUUUUUUGCUCCUUUGACUCGAGUGGAGUUGGGAUGUUGGGUCUAUUUGGCAGCUUAGGUGUCUGUAUUCUUACUCUUGAAAAUUUGUUCUGCUGAAUGCUGUAUUUUAUAGCACAAUAAUGGUUUUUCCUUAUAAUUUCUCAGUUAGAUAAGCACUCUUAAUCCUGUAUUACUAUUAAUAUUUCACAGUUGUUUAAAUAAAAGGAACUUUUUCAUCUACUUGAGAAGACUGGCCCAGGAACCUGUGUCAGGGUGAGCUGAAUCCUGGUAAAUGACCUUAAGCAUUAUGAUGAGCUAAGUGAAUUAGACUUGCUACAACUAGAGCAAUUUACCCAACAAGUAGAACACAUUCAUAUUAGAAAUAUUUAAUUAGAUAUUGUGCUUCUGUGGGUGUCACUUUAAGAAAAAUAAUUAAUUUUUACUUUUGGUUGAUUUGAUUAAUAAGAAAUUUAAUUAACAGACUUUAAAUUGGGAUAAAUUUACCACUCUUUGAGCUCAUUCCAUGUCUUAAUGCUGUAGCAUGAUAAUGAGCACUAGCAGCCCAAGAUGAUACUAUUUUCUUCAUCUUUGUCUUGCCAUGACCCCAAAUCAUUGUAGAUAGUGCUUGAGCAUAGCACUUACAUUUAAAGGCUGCCUAACACCCUGAGCAAAGCUUGCUGCUUAUCUUCCUGCUCCUCACCACCAAGGCAGAAAGACAGCAAAAUCAGUAAUGUGCUCAUAUGUAAUUUUAAGGAUGUUCUAUAUAAAUAAAUAUAAUGGGGGCAAGUAGGUUAUUCCAUAAUAUGUAUAAUUAUUGUGGGACUGAUUUAAAAAUUAGAUUAUUCCAAAACAAAAUUUCUGUAAUACCUAGUCUUCUGUAGUUGUUGUUUUUCCAUGAUUUUUUUGCAAGCUAUCACCACAGAGUUUACACAGCGGGAAGGUCGGAGACACCAUGUUACUCCUGGCCGAGGCAAGGCUUCUGCUCUGGUCUGGGGCAAGUGAUAGAGCCUCUGCCAGAGUUUUCCUUUGUAACACACAAUGCUAAUAAUUAACCUACCUCAAAACAUGUUGAGGAUCUGUGAAAUGCCGAGUAAGUGAUGAAAGUAAAAUAUUUUUGAUUGUCUUUUUAUUAAAGGUAAUAUUUCCUCAUUAAGCCAACCUGCCUUCUGUAAAGUCACAAAGCUUAAAAUCUUAGGAUUUUCUCUUGGGAAAGACCUGUCACCGAGGAUUUGUAGGUACAAUUGUUUAGCCUCCAAUAUUGGUGCUUGGGGUAGAGCGGUUUUAAUUUUUUUUUUUUUUUGAUCUGCCUCAAAGCUGUUUAUUUGAGGACAUAAUUCCAGGAUGUUUCACCAUUGCUCGAAUGAUUGUUUUAGAUGAGCUUAAUUACCCAUUUCUUUGAUUUCAGAGUGGUGGUUUGAGAAAUGGCUAGUUUUAAUCAAUGUCCUGUUUAUUACAAGUGAAUGUUGGAGUGAACUGAAGUUGGAGAUGACAAAUACUCAUGAAAACUGGCUAAGGUCUGAAAUAAGUUACCUGUUUGUUUCAUGUUGCGGUAGCUCCUAAUGUGAUAGUACAGUUUUGAGAAACAUUUAGUUUUUGGAAGCUACAUCAGGCUAAAACAAUUACAGUUCUGGGUGGGCUGAGAUAAUAAGGAUUAUUGAAUUGUUUUGAUGAAUUGGAAGGGGUAUGUUUGUCAUCUGUCUGUAAGUUGUUAAUACUCUUGUGCUGCAGCCUUUUCUACUUACUACUUCUUCAGCAGUUGGAAUGAGUUGCUCUUUUUAUUUGAUGUAACAAAACUAUACCUUCGAAUAUUUGUUGAUACUGUGUACUGAAUCAGAUGUGUAUUCUUUCUCAGUCCAAUUCAGUGACGUUUUAUUAAAGUUGAAAUGUAAUAGCUCUCCUCAGGUUGUGCUCUAAACUUGGUGUUUGGUAAUCCGGACACAGGUAGCCAAUGGGGAGAGCACUUCUGAGUGGCAACUAAGGCAGUUUCUCUGGUGGCCUUUUCAUAUAACCCAACGUUCAGACAUUUUUCUCCAAUUUUUCAUUUUCCUUCUUUCAUUUCAUUUUACCUUACCCUCUCUCAUCCCUUAAGCCCACUGAUGGCACUUACUGAAUGGCAUUUAGGGCAGAUGAAUUAUCAACCCUUAAUAUCCUCCCUGAUAACCACAAUGAAGGAAAAAUCUUUAAUUUUCUAAAACACUGUCCCAAUCUGGAUUAUGACUAAUGUGAGCCAUUGUCUCACUGUACAACUCAGCAUGCACUGCCAGUCUUCCCAAACUCCCUUCCACAUCUUAUAAAAUUGGGAUCAAAGAAAUCUCACUUGGAUUGCUAACCUAAGGAUAAAAACAGCAAUUUUAGUGCUGUUACACUGGUUUCAGUCGUUUAAGUAGGUAGGCCUAUGGAUUUUAUUCUGCAAAUCACUGGUGGUCAUGAUAGCCACUAAUGUAUGUUUAUAUUAAUGUUAUUUAUCAACUAAAUAGCAGUUGUAAGAAAACAUCUAAUAUUUAUGCCCUCAACUAUGUUACUGCAUCUCUAUUAUUUGUUAUGCAGCAGGACGCUUUACCUGUACUGAAAGGGCCAAGAGUUAUGCCUUUUGUUGAACAUGCCUAUAGAGUUCGUAGAAAUGCUGAAUUUGUCAAACAGCCCUUCUAAGAUUGUGAAAUAUACAAAUAAAUUGAUCUACCUAAUUUCUGUUGA